AUGAUUUCAACAAUCGGCACAACAACAAUUCAAACAACAACAGCACCAAACUCGUUAGUCAUGAAUCCUACGUCAAUGUUAGUAGAGAUGAAAAACUUCAUUCCUUCUUCAUAUACUUUCGAAACAAAAAUCCAGAAGAUAAAGCAAGAACUUUUAACAAGUAAUUUAGACUGUAGUGCGAAAGAUGAAGAAAAUGAAGAAUAUCUUUAUGAAAUGCAGGACAUUAUUGACCAUUUACCCAAAUUGCCUGAAAUCCAACAACAAAAACUCACUAUUCCUGAAUUCGACGAAAUUGAAGUGAAACCAACUGACUCAGUAGAAAUAAAGAAGUUCAUACGUAAAGUAAAUUAUGAAUUCCUUGGUUUUCAUUGCAACCAUAAGGUUAUGGACAAAGAUUGCGACAUGGUAUAUAAAAACAUUUCUGACAUAUAUAAAUCUGAGGAGUUUAAGACUUACGAUAACUUUGUUUCAUUAGUUGCAA